AUGAACGGCUACACCAAUGGCGCUCACGGCGUCGGCGCAGAUGGAUGGAGAAGCAGCGAUGGCGCUGGUGACUCCAGAGGUUCUGUAGGCCCAUUUCCGCCCAUCGCCGAAAUCAUAGCCUCUGCGACAGACACGGCCGAGUCGCUGAGACACCAUUCGAUCAAACUUCUCCUGGAUAGGGCCAGAGGACAUUUCAACUCGGCUAAGACGAUGCUCAAUAACCGCUCACCUGCCGGCGCUUACUGGGAAUACAUCGUCGCAUAUCAAAUCGUCGCCGAGCUGAUACCAACGCACCGUGAUUACUACGACAAGAUCAAUGGUAGCCGGAGCCAGAUCCACCGCGACUUCAACGAUCUCAUGAAGGAAAUCAAGUCGAGCGAAGAGCGAUUCGUGCGCAUCAAGGACAUUAUUAAAAAUGAUAACAAGAGGAACGGCGCCCACCACAGGACUACCUCUGUGCCGCCCGCUACAACACCUAGCAACCGCAACGGCAUGAUCGCACUAAGGAAGGACGACGAGCUGAUGCUUCCUGAAGUUCCUACCGAGAUUCCAAAUGGUCCAGCUUCACCUGCGGCUCCUUUGGAUUCUCCUCGGAGAAAACCGCCCGUGCAACCGAAGCCGCAAUCACUGCAUGGCCGGGCUGUACACCAAAGUUUGUCAUCGGUGAACGGAGUAAAUGAUCUCGCACAACGGUUUGCGAAUCUGAGAGGUUCUGGUCCACCCGUUGAUACAUUGUCCGCCCGCUCCAGCCAGGACUUGUCUGUCAAGAUGCCGUCUCCUGCAGACUACCAUUCCACAAGUCGGGUCAUGGGUCCCCGGGGUAUGCCCCCACCACCUCUUUCGAUGCCCCCACCGCCGCCAAAACUACCUCUAGAUACACAAUUCGCAGCUUCACUACCAAAGGAGCCCAGUCCUACCUAUAGUCCAGCACGGAACAUAUCAGGCCCUUCAAGCAUCAACGCACCUCGCAGUACGCCUAGGAGUUUGAACGGGACUGGAGGACGUACAAAUUCACUUGCUUCGUCCAGCGCAUCAAGCUAUGCGCCCAAUGCAAACAGCGCACCGAACUCGUAUUUUCCUGCUCAGCAAAGUCUUCGCGAUGUCAAUGGGAGAACAAGAUCUGUCAGUAAGACGGUGGAACUUGAGAUUGACGCUAGCAUGCUCUAUGACUACUACCGUAUGUACAAUGUACUCACGAUCGACGUACGGGAUAGGACAGAUUAUGAUGCGGGGCACGUUUUCGUGCGCAAUAUCAUGUGCAUAGAGCCACUGACGUUACGCGAUGGCGACUCUGCCGAACAACUUCAAGAUCGUCUGAUCAUAUCGCCGGACGAUGAACAGGACAUGUUCGAUAGGCGGGCCGACUUUGAUGUAGUCGUGUAUUACGACGAGUCGACCAAGAACAUUGAUUUCAUACAUAGGCACAAUCGAUCUGACAGCGAAGUUGCCUUGAAGCGGUUGUUUGACACCUUACACGAAUUCAACGCCGACAAGCCACUCAAGCGUCCUCCAGUCCUUCUCAAAGGUGGGCUUGAUGCUUGGGUCGAUCUCGUGGGCCCACAGGCUUUGAAGAUGUCAUCUACCGCUGCAGCGGUGGCUGCUGGUCCGACCCGAACUCGGGCUAUCCGACGAUCACCGGCCGCAAGCCACAUUGCGAGAAACAAUACGCAGAGGAGAUCAAGACGCGAGUACGUUCCCAUGGAUCAAGAGGAACAGCAACAGUGGUUGGAAGAAGCUCGAAAGGGGCGUGCUGCUGUUGCAGUGCCUCCAGCGGACGGCGAGGAAGAGGAGGAACCUACCUCGCCAUUCUAUCGCUCAACCGAAGAGUUCUUGCGUCGAUAUCCCGAUGUUGAAGCCGAACAGUCGUCCAUGAUGUACCCGUCCAAAUUCCAGUCGACCAAUCAAUACGUCGCACCUGCCAUACCUGUUGCGCCUUCCCGACCGCCACCGUCUGUGCCUCGAGUCAGCUAUAGUGGCGUGCACGAACGACAAGUGAACCAGAAUCGCGAUGUCGUCUACAAUGGCCAACCUCAAUUUAGUAACUUGAGGCUGCACCGGACUGGACUGCUAAACUUUGGCGUGACAUGCUACAUGAACUCUGUAGUGCAAUGUCUUAGUGGACACCUGUUGCUUUCAGACCUGUUUCUCACCGGACGAUACCAGCGGGACCUCCAACGAGAUAAUUGGAAAGGCACCAAGGGUAUCCUGCCGGAGGCGUACGCGACGCUGCUGUCCAAUCUGUAUAAAGGUGAUGUCGGGUCCGUGCGCCCUAGCACAUUCAGGCGUAUUUGUGGCCAUUUCAACUCACAAUGGGGCAUCGACGAACAACAAGACGCCAAGGAAUUCCUAGAAUUCGUUCUGGACUACAUGCACGAAGACUUGAAUCUAACAUGGAACAAACCACCACUCAAGCCACUCUCAGACGCGGAAGAGUUGACACGUGAGAGAUUUCCUCGUCAAUACUCGGCGAUGAUUGAGUGGCGACGAUACCAACAUCGAGACAUGUCUGUCAUUGGUGGUUUAUUUGCUGGUCAACACGCUUCACAGCUUACAUGCCAGACAUGCGGUGUGACGAGUACGACGUACGAAGCCUUCUGGAGCAUCAGCGUGGAAAUCCCACGAGAGGGCGAAUGCGAUUUACGCCAAUGCCUAAACUCGUAUUGCGCGCCAGAGCGCCUGGCAGGUGAUGAACUAUGGCGUUGCCCUCGCUGUAAGAAAGAUCGCGAGGCCGUGAAGAAGAUCACCAUCACCCGAGCACCCGACACCCUCGUCAUCCACUUCAAACGCUUCAGCGCAUCUCGAACCGAGAGCGCUCGUAAGGUCCGAACACCUGUUAAUUUCCCGCUCCAACGUCUCGACAUAGGUCCCUUUGUCGAACCACCUAUGACACCUGAACAAGAAAGAUACGUCUCGGAAAAGGCCCGAGAUGGACCUGUACAGCUUGCUGGCGUCAAGAGCGACCCUACUAUGAACGGACCCUACGUGUACAAUGCUUACGCUGUCAUCUGGCAUAUUGGCGCUACGCUUGGAAGUGGACAUUACAUUGCGUUUGUCAAGGACAAGUCGAGAGGGUGUUGGCGAUCAUUUAACGAUGAUAAGAUCACGGAUUUCGACCCUGGAAACCUUCCGCCGCAUAAUCGUUUGCAGAAUGAGAAGGCGUAUAUUGUUUUCUAUGAGCGGGAAAGGGUUGCAGGGGGCGGCCUCGACACCUCUACGAUCCUGAAAUGGCUCAUCGAGGAGGGUUAUGAGGUCGUGUGCUUCCUCGCCAAUGUUGGCCAAGAAGAGCCCUGGGAUGAGGUAGAAAAGAAGGCGCUCAAGAUUGGUGCGAAGAAGAUGGUCAUCCUGGACCUGCAAAAGGAGUUUGUUGAAGAGCUCUGCUUCCGCGCCGUCCAGUGCAAUGCCUCAUACGAAGGCCGCUACCUCCUCGGCACCUCGCUGGCCCGCCCAGUCAUCGCCCGCGCACAAAUCCGCGUUGCGCAACAAGAAGGCUGUGGGUUCGUCUCGCACGGCUGCACAGGCAAGGGCAACGACCAAGUCCGCUUCGAGCUGGCUUUCUACACACUCCAACCUACCAUCAAGGUCAUUGCGCCAUGGAGGUUGCCUGAGUUCUGCGAACGCUUCAAGGGCAGGCAGGAUCUUCUCGACUAUGCUGAGAAGCAUGAUAUUCCUGUCACGUCUACCAAGGCGAAGCCCUGGUCUAUGGAUGCCAACUUGGCUCACUGCAGCUAUGAAGCUGGUAUCCUCGAGGACCCCGAUGUGUCUCCUCCAGACGACAUGUGGACCAUGACCGACUCCCCCCUCAACGCCCCGAACGAACCCACCGACAUCACCGUCUACUUCGAGAAGGGUAUCCCCGUCAAGGUCGUCACCCCAGAGAAGACCUACACCGACUCCGUCGAGCUCUUCGUCGCGCUUAACAAACUCGGUUUCACCCACGGCAUCGGCCGCAUCGACAUUGUCGAGAACCGUUUCAUCGGCCUAAAGUCCCGCGGUUGCUACGACUCCCCCGCCAUGACCAUCCUUCGCCUCGCCCAUCUCGAUCUCGAGGGUCUCGUCAUGGACGCCCAGGUGCGCAACCUGCGCGACCAGUUCGUAUCACAUAACUGGAGCUACCAGUUGUACAACGGCAUGUACUUCUCUCCUGAACGCGAGUUCAUCGAGAACAGUUUGUUGUUCUCCCAGCGCAGGGUCAACGGCGAGGUUAGGAUGAAGUUGUACAAGGGUAACGCGUAUGUGCUGGGUAGGUCUAGCCAGACCGAGAAGCUGUACUCGGAGGAGGAGGCGUCCAUGGACACUUUGGACAACUUCAGCCCGAUGGACACUACAGGAUUCAUUGCCAUCCAGAGCAUUCGUCUCAAGAAGUACGGUCUCCAGAAGGCUGAGGAGGGCGAGAACAUGUCGAGGGCUUAG